CCAUCCCUCGAUCAUUUCUCAGUCAUUACAUCCUCCCUCUACUGUCUUUUUCCCAUUGCCACUAUUAUCCACAUAUCCCUCGCCAUGGGGGUGCUGAAACUUUGGCAGUUUAUCAAAGAACAAGGAUACAUUGCCCUCCUCAAAGCAUUCCCUACCACCCCUUCACCAAACACUCGUUAUCACAUUGACAUUCUCGGUUCGUUCUUUUCAGUCAUUCGCCGCUGUUUCCUUAACCCUGACACGACAGUCGCAUGUAUCAACUUCGAACGACAUUUGAUCGCCUGUCAGUUUCCCAAGGCAACGACGAUUCUGCACAUGGACGGACCUUCUCCUGCUGAGAAGAACGCCACCAACGAAGACCGUCAAUCGAAACGCACAAAAGCCCUUUCCAAGACCAACAAGCUCUUGACCAACAUGGAAGAGACCCUCGAGAACAACAGAAAACUACGGAAACAGCAGUUCAAGUCUGUCAACAAGGCCAUUGUUGACUCCUUCUAUUUCAAUCAUGAUCUCCGCCAAGCACUUGUCCAGCAUCUUGUCACAAAUGGCUGGAAUGUCUGCAGAUGCCGUUCGGAAGCAGAUACCUGCAUUGGGUCCAUUUGCCAGCAACAGGAUAUUAUCAUCACUCGUGACAGUGACUCGCUUAUCUACAGCAACAUCACCACAAUCUGGAGACCCUUUAGCCGAAACCGGUACCUCGUCUAUAAUAUCCCGGAACUAUUACGCCACCUUCAGCUCUCAAGAGCAGGAUUGACUACCCUUGGAGUCGUUACCCAGAACGACUACGGCAAGGGGAUCCACAAGCUCGGUGUCAAGACAAAUUUCAUGAUUAUUUUGGCUCUGGAAAAGGAUGUUCCGUCGACGGCUGCGAGUGUUCAGGGGCUUGUUCAGGCCUACUUGGUACACACUACUAUAUCUAGCAAGCACCCGACGGAGGGACUAUUUGACUCGGCUAUUCGGAUCUUUACCGUACAGCAGUGUACGACUCUUACUCUACCCCACAUUCAGGAUCCCAUUAACGAGCUACAGGAGAUGACGCAAAGGGUCGCAGACAUUCGCCUGCAUCUCAAGAUUAGCCGACAAACAUCAAGAUCCGUCCCUGGUGGUCAAGAAGAAGAGCGAACAACAGAUUUCAUUCGAUACUCCACUGUUGAUCGUCCUCUGAGUCAGUUACCGCCUCUGCACAGCUCGGGAAGACAGUACAAGUAUCGGGAACGCUAUGCGAUUAAAACUCGAUCACGUCUCAUCCAGCACGAGAAGCCCGACAUAUUCAAGCAGUACGUCUGGAAGGCUCCAAAAGAGAAUACCAAGUCAACCAACAAUUCCAGCAGUACCAUAAGCACCAGCACCAGUACCGAGGCGGGCCCCAGCACAAGUACCAACGUCGGCGCGACCAAUCCGCCACCGAAAAAGAAAAAAAAGUCUACGCCCAAAAAGGCUCAACUUGCAGCGGAUGAGAUGACCAAGAUUCAACUGAUCAGAGCGAUGCAAAUAGAGCACCCUCUUCGAACCUUGGACAUUGGAACCUUGAAGGCGAAUACGUCUCGAGCACUAAAGAAGGAGGUUCCAUACGACGAGGAUCUACAGGACAAGCUUCUGCACGCUGUGACCACCUGUCUCUCUGAUAUCUCUAACCUGGCUUCGAAAUCGGAACAUGCGUGCCAACAGGUUAUUGGUCAGUACCUAGAAAGCCUGUCAGUCGAUCACCUUGACGAGGACGACAGAACCAUUCUUAGCUACUUGACUCCUCACUUCUCGGUCCAGGAAAUCGUGCGGCUAAAAAAGGCACCACCCCGAACCCAGAAGAUAAGUCAUCUGACGACGAGGACGACUCCGAGGCCAGCAACGAAAACAAGAACUCUCCAGUUGGAUUCUUCCUGUCGCUUCUGAUUGCCAUCUACAAGGCCAGCACUCCUCGGGGAAAAAAGAAGGCGAGUGCAGCUGCGGCUGUGUGCUUGUUCUUACGUAAAGCCAAAGACUAUUUGCCACCGAAAACUGGCAGUGAAUCUUACAACAACCCCUCAGUCUUUCUCCAGUCCACAGCGAAGCAACUCGCAACUGAGU